GCUCACAAACCGCUCACAGGUUGAAACGUUCCAAAGAGGGACAGAGAGUCAAUCUGCUUUCGCUUCGUCGAGAGACUCCCUGCUGCCGAGUCUCGGACCAAAGUGGGAAGCGGCUUGUCCCAAACCUCAUAGGCGAACCUUAGGCCCACUUUCCCGUCAAAGCCUCUCUCCCUUUCUCUCUAUCUGGAACUCCCUGCAGUACCAGCGGGGAGGCAAUGGCUUUACCGGUUGCAGGGGUCAUUUUGCCGAUUGGGCUCAUUUUCUUGUUCUCCGGCCUCAUAGUGAACGUCAUUCAGGCUCUUAUCUUCGUGUUGGUUCGGCCGAUUUCAAAGAGCUUCUUCAGGAGGAUGAACCGGUUCGUCGCGGAGUUGCUGUGGUUAGAGUUCAUUUGGCUUGUCGAUUGGUGGGCUAAUCUUAAGGUUCAUGUAUAUGCAGAUUCUAAAACAUUCAAGUCCUUAGGUCAAGAACAUGCACUUGUCAUAUGCAACCACAGAAGCGACAUUGAUUGGCUUGUUGGAUGGGUUUUGGCUCAGCGCGCUGGCUGUCUUGGUAGCACACUCGCCGUCAUGAAGAAGUCAUCAAAAUUCCUUCCGGUUCUUGGCUGGUCCAUGUGGUUUUCUGAAUAUUUGUUCCUUGAGAGAAGCUGGGCAAAGGAUGAGAACACAUUGAAGUUCGGCCUACAGCGAUUGAAGGACUUUCCUCGCCCUUUUUGGUUGGCACUUUUUGUUGAGGGAACACGAUUCACUCAGGCAAAGCUUGUAGCAGCUCAGGAGUAUGCUGAAGCAAGCGGAUUGCCUGUUCCUAGAAAUGUUUUGAUUCCUCGCACAAAAGGAUUUGUUUCAGCUGUAGCCACCAUGCGCUCAUUUGUUUCAGCCAUCUAUGAUGUAACUAUUACUAUUCCAAAAGAUCAGCCAUCCCCUACUAUGCUGAGCAUUCUGAAGGGCAAAUCUUCUGUUGUACAUGUCCAUAUAAAGCGGCAUGAAAUGCAAGAGUUGCCACAGACAGAUGAUGAAGUUGCCCAAUGGUGCAGAGAUAGAUUUGUUGCCAAGGAUGCCUUAUUGGACAAGCAUGUAAUUAAUGGUACUUUUGUUGAUGAGCAACUCCAAGAUAUUGGCCGACCCCUAAAAUCUAUGAUGGUUAUUCUCUUUUGGGUGUCCCUUCUGUCAUUUGCUUCUUCCAAACUUUUCAAAUGGUCGUUGAUCUUCUCUAGCUGGACCGGCAUCAUAUUCACCACUGCUGUUGUGCUUCUAGUCGCACUUUUGAUGCAUAUCUUCAUUCUGUUCUCUCAAGCGGAGCGGUCCACACCUGCAAAGAUAUCACCUUCAAGGGUAACCAAUGGGGGUGUGCCUGGGAAGCAAUCUAAGGAGAAGUAGCUUAAUUUAUCCACAGGAAGAACCUCUAUUUUCUAUAAUUUUAUUCAAAAACUGCAAUUAGGUCGUAUUUUUAUGCUUAGUUUCUAGUUUUUUUUUCCCCCCCUUCUUAGUGGGGAAGGGGUUUCCUUGUAAGUGUCAUAUAUAUUCUCUGGGGUUUGGUGAAGGGGUUUACUUAAUUGAAAAUGUCUAUUCUCUUUGGUUCAGUA